CCGAUUCGCCAACUAGAGGAGGGGGAGGCGGAGCUUGGGUCCCUGUAGCCGCCGAAGGCGCAGCCUGGACUGUAGUUUCCCGGGAGAGAAGAGAGCAGGAACGAGAGCGGAGCGGAGCGGAGCGCAGUCCUGGGAGCAGCAGCUCCAGCAUCCCGCCAGGGGUUGCAGGUGCGUGGGAGGCUUGAAACUAUUCCAAUAUGACCUUCCUUGGGCUCUUCUCUUUGCUGGUUCUGCAAAGCUUGGCUUUAGGGGCCACUGUCCCUGAUGAAACCAUUGUUGAGUUGUCAGUGAAUAUGUAUAACCAUCUUCGAGCCACUGGGGAAGAUGAAAAUAUUCUUUUCUCUCCAUUGAGUGUCACCCUUGCAAUGGGAAUGAUGGAACUUGGGGCCCAAGGGUCUACACUGAGAGAAAUCCGUCAUUCAAUGGGAUAUGACAGCCUGAAAAAUGGUGAAGAAUUUUCUUUCUUGAAGGAUCUUUCUAACAUGGUAACUGCUGAAGAGAGCCAAUAUGUGAUGAAAAUCGCCAAUUCCCUCUUUGUGCAAAAUGAACUUCACGUCAAUGAUGAGUUUUUGCACAUGAUGAAAAAAUACUUCAAUGCAGAAGUAGAUCGUGUGGACUUCAGUCAAAAUGUAGCUGUCGCCAACCAUAUCAAUAAGUGGGUGGCGAAUAACACAAAUAGUCUGUUGAAAGAUUUGGUAUCCCCAAGGGAUUUUGACGCUGUCACUCAUCUGGCCCUCAUCAAUGCUGUCUAUUUCAAGGGGAACUGGAAGUCACAGUUUAGACCCGAAAAUACUAGAACGUUUUCCUUCACUAAAGAUGAUGAAAGUGAAGUCCAAAUUCCAAUGAUGUAUCAACAAGGAGAAUUUUAUUAUGGAGAAUUUAGUGAUGGCUCCAAUGAAGCUGGUGGUAUCUACCAAGUCCUAGAAAUACCGUAUGAGGGAGAUGAGAUAAGUAUGGUGUUGGUAUUGUCCAGACAGGAAGUUCCACUGGCCACUCUGGAGCCAUUGGUCAAAGCACAGCUGAUUGAAGAAUGGGCAAACUCGGUGAAGAAGCAGAAAGUGGAAGUGUACCUGCCCAGGUUCACAGUGGAACAGGAAAUUGAUUUAAAAGAUGUUUUGAAGGCUCUUGGAAUAACUGAAGUUUUCAUCAAAAAUGCAAAUUUGACAGCCUUGUCUGAUAACAAAGAAAUUUUCCUUUCCAAAGCAAUUCACAAGUCCUUCAUAGAGGUUAAUGAAGAAGGCUCAGAAGCUGCUGCCGCCUCAGGAAUGAUUGCAAUUAGCAGGAUGGCUGUGCUGUAUCCUCAAGUUAUUGUCGACCAUCCAUUUUUCUUUCUUAUCAGGAACAGGAGAACAGGUACAAUCCUAUUCAUGGGACGAGUCAUGCAUCCUGAAACAAUGAACACAAGUGGACAUGAUUUUGAGGAACUUUAAAUCAUUUCAUUUGAACAACAAGGAAAAUAGUAACUAAGCACAUUAUGUUGGCAACUGGUAUAUAUUUAAGACUUGUGUUUUACAGUAUAUCUUAACAUAAUAUUUAAAAUAGCUCCAGAUAAAAACAAUGUAUGUAAAUUAUAAGCUAAUUUGUCAAGGAAUGUUAUUAGUAUUAUUGAAGUAAUGGUCCUGUCAUGUCAUUGUGUUUGUUGUGCUGGUAUUUAAAAUAAAAAUACUAAUUGAACAUGUGAA